AUUGCCUUCCGGUGGUUCCGUGUACUGUGUGCUUAUCCGACCCUCACUGAUGCUACGGUGGCGAAUUUACCAGAGAAGAAAACGCAAUGAGGCCUUCUUCACCUUCUUCUAAGAACAGAGAGCCCAAGAGAAGAAGCCGCCCCUCAUCGCCGGCGGCAGCGGCGAGUGGCCGAUCUACUGCAACUCUUGUCGCCAGUGACCUCGUUACCGUUACUGACUCCACCUCUCUCUUCGAAGAUCAACAAUCUCAAGACUACUACGCUAAUUCUAACCCUAACCCUCGGAGCUUCCCUUACAGUGUCAAACAGCAAUGUUGGGACAAGGCCGAGAAGAUCAGAGGACGAGACCCCGACCGUUGGCGCAGGGACGCCCUUGGCAACAUGGUCUUUCGCAAGCUUGUAGGUUGCCCCGGCUGUCUCUGUCACGAUUACGAUCAUAUUGUCCCUUAUUCUAAGGGAGGGAAAAGCACACUGGAAAAUUGCCAAGUCUUACAGGCAACAGUUAAUCGAUCAAAGGGAAAUCGAACAGAGAUGAGCAAAGCUGAGCUUAUCCAGAAGAGUUCUUAUUGCAGGGUAUCAGGUCGUGAUAUGGAUCUUCUUGAACUGUCCGCUUAUGGCAACGUGCACCGUGAGCCAGAUUCCGGAGGCUGUAGAAUCCAAUGAACAAUCCUAGUCAUAUAUUCCUCUAUGUUUGAUUUCUAGAUAGGGUUAAAUGAUGACCUUGUGGCUAAUUUCUCCUCUCAAAACUUGAGGCUUCGUCUUCGAGCAGACGCAACUGCGAAGAAUUUGAUGGCUCUGUCGUCUGCCAAACGAUUCAUAUGUUGAAAGAGUGGCUGCAUUUAUGCGCUCUCGCUUAAUGGAGAAAUUGUAGACAUUUUUUUUAUCAGAAGAAUUCAUGAAGCCCAAUUUAACCAAAUUCUUGAAUACUAAAAUUGGUAUGAAACCUCAAUGUAUCAUGCUGGAAGAGUGGCUGAGGUCUCUCUAUACUUCAAGUACAAGAAUAUGUUGCUUGGCAAACAAGUACGAAGAUAUAUUUGAUUUUUUUUCCCUUUUCGAUAUCAAUAGGAAAAUUAUCAAUAUUAUGAU